AUCAGUAAAUAAGAAAAAUCAAAAGUCAAUUGAUGUUUUCCAAGUGUCGUGUUAUUCGUGGACCUUAAAAAGGUUAAAAAUAGUAUUCUCAAAGAAAAAUUGCCGUCUUUAGUUGUUUCAUUGCAUUGGUGUUUUCGCUGGAGACGUCUAUAUUUAUUGCGGGGAAUAGACGUUUGUUGGUUCCGGAAUUAUGGCUGGUAAUAUGGACGACGAACAGGCUCUUAGAGAAUGUGAAGCCUACGUUCAAACACACAGCAUUCAGCAAAUCCUAAAAGAUUGUAUCGUACAGCUUUGCGUUAAUCGACCGGACAAUCCCAUAUCGUUCCUUCGGGAAUAUUUUCAAAAGUUGGAAAGGGACCAGGCAUUAGAUGCAAAACAACAAGCUGCAUCACCAGAAGAUACCGAUGAUUUGUCGCCGAUGCCACCAGUUCAAGCCCAACAACAGGUAAAACGAAGAGGCGGAAUAUCCGCGGAACCAGUAACCGAAGAAGAUGCGACAAGUUACGUAAAGAAAGUCGUUCCAAAAGAUUACAAAACAAUGGCGGCGCUUUCAAAGGCGAUCGCAAAAAACGUUUUAUUUUCGCACUUGGAUGAGAACGAACGUUCCGAUAUUUUCGAUGCAAUGUUUCCAGUUAAUUGUCUAACGGGCGAGGCAAUCAUCAGUCAAGGUGCCGAAGGCGAUAAUUUUUAUGUUAUCGAUCAAGGAGAAGUCGAGGUAUUUGUUAAUAACGAAUUAGUAACAACAAUUGGUGAUGGUGGAAGUUUUGGCGAAUUAGCUCUGAUUUAUGGUACUCCGAGAGCGGCUACUGUACGUGCAAAAACCGACGUAAAAUUAUGGGGAAUCGACCGAGAUUCUUAUCGGCGCAUUUUGAUGGGAUCAACUAUCCGGAAGAGGAAAAUGUACGAAGAGUUCCUUUCGAGAGUUUCAAUUUUAGAAAAUUUAGAUAAAUGGGAACGUUUAACGGUAGCGGAUGCGUUAGAACCAGUUAGUUUCGAGGAUAAAGAGACGAUUGUCCGACAAGGUGAACCAGGAGAUGAUUUUUACAUCAUCGUCGAAGGAACCGCUUUGGUUAUGCAAAAUAGAGAGGGUGAGGAACCCGUUGAAGUGGGACGAUUGGGACCAAGUGAUUAUUUUGGAGAAAUCGCUUUAUUACUUGACCGACCAAGAGCUGCAACGGUCGUUGCUAAUGGGCCACUUAAAUGUGUUAAACUAGAUAGAGCUAGGUUUGAACGUGUAUUAGGAUUAUGUGCCGAUAUAUUAAAGAGGAACAUAACUCAGUACAAUAGCUUCGUUUCGCUCUCCGUGUAAAUAAAUAAUGGGGGAAAUUAAAAAUUUAAACGCAUCAUGUAUUUAUUAAAUUAUAAAUUUAAAGGAAAUAUGAAAAUCUGAACUCGUUCAGCCAAAAUUAAAGUCUUCUUUGAAA